AGGGGGAGGAGGAGGAGCGGGAGCGAACCCGACUUCCGGGUAGAGCCGCCGCACGCCACCGGCGUCUCCUCGCUUUUUCCUUCCCCUCCCCCGGGUCCCCCUCGCCGCUCCCUCCUUUCCUUUGAUUCCCAGCCCCACCCGCCAAAAUGAACAGCUCGGACGAGGAGAAGCAGCUGCAGCUCAUCACCAGCCUGAAGGAGCAAGCAAUAGGCGAAUAUGAAGACCUCAGAGCAGAGAACCAGAAAACCAAGGAGAAGUGUGACAAAAUUAGGCAAGAACGAGAUGAAGCUGUUAAAAAACUGGAAGAAUUUCAGAAAAUUUCUCACAUGGUUAUAGAGGAAGUUAAUUUCAUGCAGAACCAUCUUGAAAUAGAGAAGACUUGUCGAGAAAGUGCAGAAGCCUUGGCAACAAAGCUAAAUAAAGAAAAUAAGACACUAAAAAGAAUCAGCAUGUUAUACAUGGCCAAGCUGGGACCAGACGUAAUAACGGAGGAGAUAAAUAUCGACGAGGAGGAUUCAGCCACCGACACAGAAGGUGCAGCUGAAAUGUGUGUCUCAGUCCAGUGUCAGAAGCAAAUCAAAGAACUUCGAGAUGAAAUUGUAUCUGUUCAGGAAGAAAAGAAGAAGCUAGCUAUUGAGCUGGAAAAUCUCAAGAGCAAACUUGUAGAAGUAAUGGAUGAAGUAAAUAAAGUUAAACAAGAGAAGGCUGCUUUAAAUUCAGAAGUUCUUGAACAGAGAAAAGUCUUAGAAAAAUGCAACAGAGUGUCCAUGUUAGCUGUGGAAGAGUAUGAGGAGAUGCAGGUGAAUCUGGAACUGGAGAAAGACCUUCGGAAGAAAGCCGAGUCAUUUGCACAAGAGAUGUUCAUUGAGCAAAACAAGCUGAAGAGACAAAGCCGCCUGCUGUUGCAGAGCUCCGUCCCUGACCAGCAGCUUGUGCAAGCGCUAGAUGAAAACGCAAAACUCAUCCAGCAGCUUGAAGAGGAAAGAAUUCAGCAUCAGCAAAAGGUCAAAGAAUUAGAGGAGCAGCUGGAAAAUGAAACAUUGCACAAGGAGAUACAUAACCUCAAACAGCAACUAGAGCUUCUAGAAGAAGACAAGAAAGAAUUGGAAUCAAAAUACCAGGGUUCUGAAGAGAAGGCCAGGAAUUUAAAGCAUUCUGUGGAUGAACUCCAGAAGCGAGUGAACCAGUCUGAAAAUUCGGUGCCUCCGCCUCCACCUCCACCUCCGCCACUUCCCCCUCCGCCUCCCAAUCCUAUCCGAUCUCUCAUGUCCAUGAUCCGGAAACGAUCCCACCCCAGUGGCAGUGGUGCUAAGAAAGAGAAAGCAACCCAACCAGAAACAACUGAGGAAGUCACGGAUCUAAAGAGGCAAGCAGUUGAAGAGAUGAUGGAUAGAAUUAAAAAGGGAGUUCAUCUUAGACCUGUUAAUCAGACUACCAGACCGAAGACAAAGCCAGAAUCCUCGAAAGGCUGUGAAAGUGCAGUGAAUGAACUAAAAGGAAUACUGGGGACACUUAACAAAUCCACUAGUUCAAGAAGCUUAAAAUCCCUUGACCCUGAAAACAGUGAAACUGAGUUAGAAAGGAUUUUGCGUCGCAGAAAGGUGACGGCAGAAGCAGAUAGCAGUAGUCCUACCGGGAUAUUAGCCACGUCAGAGUCUAAAUCCAUGCCAGUGUUGGGUUCUGUAUCCAGUGUAACAAAAACAGCCUUGAACAAGAAAACUCUGGAGGCAGAAUUCAACAGCCCGGCCCCUCUAACACCUGAGCCAGGUGAAGGGUCCUAUAAAUUGGAAGGAUGCACAAGUUCCAAGGUUACAUUUCAGCCUCCCAGUAAUGGCGGAUACAGGAGAAGAUGCUUUGGCGGUGAAAAACAAGCUGAACCAGUUGUAGUUUUAGAUCCCGUUUCUACACGUGAAUCCCAAACCAAAGACCAGGUCACUGCAAAAGAUCCAACUCAAUGUAAGGAAGAGGAAGGCGAAAUUGAACCAGAAUACAAAGAAGACAGCGUUGAAAAAAUGAGAGAGACAGACAGCUCCAACUGCUGAUGGGAAACCGGAAGGCUGACCUGUUGGAAUCCUUUUUCAUAAGCACAUGCUUUGUCUUGGUGUGUUGUCUAAGGCUAUAGCCAUUCUGUUCUCCCUGUAUUUCUGAUACACGUUUUUCUGGUAUCACUUUUGUAAGUAGCAACUAUACACAUAAGUAAGUGAUUUAACAACAUAUACAUUCUAAGUAGCUUUGGGUUUGUUUUUUCUUUGUCUUAAUAAGAUUUUUCCUGAUUACUGUAUUAAGUACGACUUCUUGCUAAAGGCUAAGAUACAAAUGCUGAUAUCUUUGGAGGAAUUGUGCAUACCACUUAUCAAAUGUAAUGCUGAAAACUUUUGAGGUGCUUGUGGAUCAUUGGAUAAACAGAACUGACCAACUUAAUGUGACUUACAAAGUCCCCAGAGCCAGCUGUAGUGGCACAUACCUGUAGUCUCAGCACUCAGAAGGUGGAGGUAUCUCAUCAUUUGAACCCAGGAGUUAACAGACUAGCCUAAGCAGCACAGUUAGACCCCAUCACAAUUUUCUUUUUAAACUCUAUUCCAAAGAGGCUUCUGUUUGGGGUCUCCUCGUCUUUUGAUGGAGAAACUACAGCAGCAUGGGACCUGCUGGGGACUGUGGCCUACAGGUUAUUUUCUAGGGCAGCCUGGGAUGAACUUUGAACUUGGGCUCUGGCAUUAUCUAGUCGUCCCUUAGUUCAGGGCUAAUUACACAGUUU